AUGUUGAAUUUGGAAGGGACAUCUAAAAUUUCACAAUUGCCCCCCUCUUCUUGUCGCCAUCUGCCGUCUUUCCUCUUUCCCAAGCAAAGUAUUGACGCGUGGGAGCUUCGGCGACAAGGAUUUGUUCUGGAGGCGGUGAUUCCUCGUGACUGUAAUGCGGAGACAGCGAAGGCCGAUGCGGCGGUGGAGUCGGCCAAGAUGGACUUGCUCAAGGACGACGAUGAGUUCGAGGAGUUUGAGAUCGACCAAGAAUGGGACGACAAGGAAGAAGGCAAUGAGGCAGUUCAACAAUGGGAGGAUGACUAGGAUGAUGAUGAUGUCAAUGACAACUUCUCUCUGCAACUCACGAAAGAGUUGGAGAGCAACUUAUCGGAGAACUAG